AUGACUGAUCCGGACAAGGUAUAUGAGGCCUCGCCUCGUACGCCGAGAGAUCAAGUUCCCUUUCUUGAUGCCAUCGAUGAGUUUCACAGUCUUGGUGUCGGCCAGAUUGUCUGUCUGCCACAGCUUGUUGUUUGUGGUUCCAGAUGCAACGCCACUCACUCGAUUCUUGAGGGCCUCGCACGUGUGCGCCUUCCAGUGAGGAAUGAACCUGGCGUCUUGAUUGUUACAAUGAUCAUAUUACGCUAUCACGAAGUCCCUCGUUUCAGGGUGACCAUCGAGCCCGGCCCUUGGAAAGAAAACAAAGACGAUUUUCAGCGACUCGAGACAUUCGAACCUAUUGUUAGCGACAUUGCUGAACAGCUACCGUUAUGUGUUGAACAAGCUACCAAGUUUAUCGAAUCCAUUACCGAGUUUGGAUUUAGUGACAACAUCAUCCGAGUCGAAAUCUUCGGUCCCGAUAAACCCGACCUGACACUUAUUAAUCUGCCGCGAUUGGUCUUCCCAGAGCGCUCAGCCUCUGGAGAGCGAGGGAAGGAGUUUGUCCAACGAAUCAAAGCGACAUACAUGAAGAAUCCACGCAGUAUUCUCGUAACUGUGAUCUCAGCAGAGGCUGACACUGGUAUUGAGAAGGCAUGCAGUCUCGGAGGGAAAUAUGCUCAGGGACAAAAGCGUGUCUUUGGCAUUGUCACCCAGCUCGAUAAUCUUGAAGCGAACUCGAAGACGGCAACAUCUUGGACGAAGAUAAUGAAACAACCGAUUCCCGCAUCGCUAUUGGGAUUGCACUUCCUAUGCGGCCAAUCAUUUGGGUCACGAUAUGUAUCAGACACUGAGAAAGACAAACAGGAGAACGCGUUCUUCAACCGAGAAGAGUGGGAUGUUGUGACAAAGCUACUAACAGGAAUGGAAAGACUACGACCUCGACUCGAUGGUCUUCUUGCGACACACGUCCGAAACAGCUUCCCUGGCCUGGUUUCUGAUAUCGAAGACAAGCUCAAAGCCCACCAAUCGAGACUGGCAAAGCUCAACAUUCCUCGAGAGACUAUUCAGCAACAGAAAGCCUUACUGUUUCAUCUGAGUAGUGCUUUCGAACGUAUUACUGAACAGGCAUUGAGUGGCAUGUACACCUCCGAUUUCUUUACCACGUCCGUGGAUAGUGAAAACCGCACUGUUCGUGAUCCCCGACGCCUUCGUGCUAGGAUCCGCGGACUGAACGAGGAUUUUGCGGACAUCAUGGUAACUGCUGGAUGUCGCCGAUUCAUUUAUGAUGUCAACCACCAGAUAAUCUCGUCACCCAACCCUGCCAACGCCUAUGCAAACAUAAGAAUUCCAGAACACACGUAUCGCGUAGCUUUUGAAUGCGAGAUCAACGAGCAAAUUCAACAGCAUCGAGGCAUCGAAUUUCCGGGAAAUUUCAAUCAGACACUGAUAGGGAGUCUGUUUCGGGACCAAUCAAAGCCAUGGGAAGAAAUUGCUCGAGUCCAUCUGCUGAACUCAUGGGAAGGCACCCGGGAGUUUACAAAGCUUUUGCUAGAUCAUCUUGUGGACCAAGAUACAUCUGCGGUGAUAAUGCAUGAUAUCAUUGACCCUCAGCUUGAUUCCAUGAAAGACACUUUACUGGCAAAACUCGAGGAAUUGACUGCUCACAAUAAGCGAGGCUAUCCAUUGCCUCUUCAUCGGACCUAUCUUCGUGGUCAAUCAUUGUCUCUUGAUCAGAGCUGUCUUGUCAAAAUGCCAAUGUGCAAAAGCGAUCGCCUCUUGACCAAGCUUGAACAAACGCUUAGGUCUAAUCCGCAAUAUGCUUUCACUAAAAGUUUUUCAAUCGAAGAACUCAAGAUGGCUGCAUUAAGCUUGGAAUUCUCAGACAACCAGUUCGCAGUCUCGGAAAUUGUUGACCAGAUGCAAUCGUAUUACAACCAUGCACUUGCGGUCUUCAUUGACAAUGUUUCCACCCUCGGAAUUGAAAACUGUCUUCUCGCUCCUCUGGGUAGCAUAUUGACAACCCAAAAGAUCAGCAACAUGGACGACAGCGAGAUUGCAAAACUAUUCAUUGGCACGCAAGGUCUGCAAGGUAGGUUGACUAGCAGAUCAGAGAAGUUACAAACCGCAUCACAAAAAUUGCAGAGAUUCAGACCCCUCAACUGGCCAGCUGCACGACCUGCACAACCUGCACCAAACUCGCAACCUGUACCUCAACCUUCUACCCUGACAAAUGUUGCACCCCGAGGCAUGUUGUUCACCGGUAAGCCCCCGAACCCGUUCGCGAUAUCGAACGGGGAAUCUCCAUUUGCAGGCAUGAACACCAGACCUAGUUUCCAUCCCCCGUUGUCGACCAACCCGGGACUAUUCAUGAACGGCCGUUCUCCCUAUCACAGUAAUAUGUUCAACUACAAGCGCGAUUUGAAAAAUGCAAUCUUUUCCGCUAGUCAUUGCGCGGAUCUUUUCACUGCAAAGCCUUCCUCAAUUCCUACCGGUUUUGGGCCAUCUCAAUUCGCAUCUACUGGGCCUUGGGCGACAGCUACAUCGGCAGCAAACACGAUUUGGCCCCCUUAUGCUGCAUUCUCUCCUGCGAAACGCAGCCUUGAUCUUGAUCGGAAUGUGUUUUACUUAUCAGAGAUGGACGCUAGCAAUAAGGUAACCAAUCGAUACCAGUCGAUCUCUUUGGCCGAGUCGUGCAAGAGAUUCUCAUUCGAGGAGCUGCGAUGGGCAUACUAUGAGCUCGGGCAAGAUAAGGGUAAGGGUGCUGCGCAGAAAACUACCUAG